CAAUAACCUCACCGGACAUCGCCAUCUCUGAUCUUAUCACAACAGAAAUCAAUCAAUCAAAUCGGAAAAAAUGGAAAGCGUUAACGCAUCAACCCGCCCGGACGUUCCCGGAGAAAAGACCAAACUCGGCACGUCUCUCGUCGACUCCGCCGCCUCCGCCAUCCAAUCGUUCGGCCCAACCAAAAAAAUCCAUCAACACCUCUGCGCAUUUCACUUUUACGCCGACGACAUGACUCGGCAAGUGGAGGCGCACCAUUUCUGCGGCCAUCAGAACGAAGAAAUGCGACAGUGUCUGAUCUACGACCGGCCAGACGCCGACGCUCGGCUGAUCGGAGUGGAAUACAUAGUGACGGAAGAACUGUUCCUGACGUUGCCAGAUUCGGAGAAGCCGAUGUGGCACAGCCAUGAAUAUGAGGUGAAGAGCGGCGUGCUUUUCCUUCCGGGCGUUCCUGGUCCGGUAGAACGGACGGAUUUGGAGAAAGUGGCGAAGACGUACGGGAAGACGAUUCACUUUUGGCAGGUGGAUAGAGGUGAUGAACUUCCACUUGGUCUUCCACAGGUGAUGAUGGCUUUAACUCGAGAUGGACAACUCAACCCUACCCUUGCUAAAGAAGUGGAAACUCGUUACGGGGUUUCCUUCGAGAAAGAAAGGGAAAACAGAGCAUACAUGCAAGGAUUAACCCAUGGAAUACACCCGAAAGCUAACGCCGGUGGAGACGGGCUCAAGACUGUUCUAAGAGAGAUCGAUUGCAAGCCAAGUGGCCACCCAAGUUUGGAACCCAUUCCGAGAGUUUUCGUGUGAGGUUUUCUAUGUUAAUUUCUGGAGUUCUCUUUCUCCCAAAAUAAGCAUCUUGAUGUUAUGAAUCCACUGUAACAACACUCAAGAUUUGGUAAAAGAAUAGUUACAGGUUUUGAUGUGAUUUCUGUACAAUAAGUAGGAAACUAUAAGAACUGGUGUAUAUAUUAUAUAUAUCGAGAAAACUUGGAAGUAAAAGUUGGAGUCA